AUUAUCAAUUCAGGUCAAUUUUUUUUUUCAGUGCUGAUUUUGCUGUCGUGCGUACGCGCCGACUGAAUUCGUGCACGGGCGUCCUCGCGUGUGCGGACAGCGCGCGAGACGAGGUUUUGCGCCUCCCAAGCGGUGAGUAAAGGCGAUGUGUAUUGACCUGAGAAACCCGUUUUUUCCACACGGCCUUGAAAAAAAGCCAUUUUGCCUCGACGAAGCAUAGGUCAAAGGCGGACUGGUACUCCCCGGAGCCAUUAAAGGGGGAGCUAUCUGCGGCUUUGCUCCGUGCCGGUCGGCGCGCAUCAGCAAACUCGACCUCCAGGAGCUCCCACUACAUCCUCGGUGCACCGCUCCCAACUGGCGCGAGGCCUCGGCCUCGGGUUCGAGGCGUCGCGGCGCCAGCCAGGGCUUGACGCUAGCGGCCUGUAAGACACUAGAGCAAGCCUUGGCCUCGUCCCCUGGUGUGCCUUGCCGCGCGCGAUAGCUGCCCCGCGCUCCGCUUUGCAGCCGUGAUCAUAUAUCAGCUCCGUCGGACCAUGGGCGUCGACGAGUUUCGAUGGCUGGUCCACAGAUCGAUGCAGCAGCACUGCGCCAAGCAAUCCAAGACCGAGGUACGCAACCACAUCAACGCGCUCCGCCAGCAGACCGACACCCCACCACCAGCGCCCGGUCGCCUCUCAGUCUUCAGCCGGCCGCGCGGAACCGCCGCGCCGCGGCCCGUGGGCCAGGGCGGGCAGCGCCGCCAGAUCCUCGUCGCGGUCGACAUGGGGCCCCUCGCCCUCGCGUGGGCGUCGAAGCGGUUCCCAGACGAGUGCAUCACGCCGCCGAAACCGCCCCUAGACCAGCAGAAACAGGAGGCCAAAAACACGACGGACCGCGCAUUUAGUUUCUUGAUGGACUGCGGCUUCGACGGGCCCAUCGCCGUCUUCGACAUGAACCUCGCAGCCAACUAUUUCAACUCGGAGAACGCGACGGGCGGCUUCCGCGACCCUUCGGUGGCCGCGGGGCCGCACGGGCCGGUCCGCUACGCCGUAGGCGACGGUCGGCUGGAGUUCUACCAGAUCUGCGAAUGGCUGUACGGCGAGCUGACGAGCCGCGGGGUCCGGUGCGUGCAGGCCUGGACCUCGAACGCCGACGCGAAGGUCGCGGAACUCGUCCGCGAUGGCUUCGAGGGCCACAAGGUGGCGUGCGCGUACUCGACGGACUGCGACGUGUACGUAAAUUCGCCCAAGUCCAUCGUCGGCCUCCACUUCAAGGACGGCCGGAAGGACCAGCGGACGCCCGUCGUCUGCCUCUUCGACCGUGACCAGUGCUUGAUGGACCGAGGUAUUUUGCCGAUUUUGCCUCCCGUCGCCGCGGACAAGGACGCCGCCCGCGACGUCCUCGCCGUCUUCGCGGCCCUCGGCCGCUUAACGUCGGACCGGGUCAAGAAGCGCAAGUCGCGCCUCGACGCCACCAACCCGUGCGUCUUGUAUCAGAUGAUGAGGAACCCAAACAACGCCGGCGCCGCCUGCGGUGCGAACUCGAAGCUCGAGCUCGUCGAGGACUACGUCCUCCCCGCGCUCGUCCAGAUCCGCAAGUGCGGGCCGACACCCGGUCCGGGCGGCAGCUCCGACAUCCUCGACAUGCUCGACCACCACAUGACGUCCGACUUCAACAACACCUUCCUGGGGGCAAAUCGCCGCGGCGUCCUGGGCCUGUCGAACAAAGGCCGCGAUGGAGCGAACGCCAUCCUCGAACGCUACGAGAGACUCACGGCGACCGAACGCACCGAGCUCCGCGCCUUCCGCGACUGGACGCGGGACAACAUCACGAUGCUUUAGCUUAGAGAGGGGGGGUUUCGGCUUCUCUUUAAGUGAGACGAUGUA